AUGUUCAGGAGAUUCAUCUCGCUACGAGGAACACCAAGAAAGAUUGUCAGUGACAAUGCUCCUGAAUUUAUAUUGGCAAAUGACAUGAUCCAAAAGGCUCAAAACAACAUCAAAACAGUUCACGAAGACAUCGGAAAAUUCUGCGCAGAAGAAAGAAUUCAUUGGAAAUUCAACACAGCCUUCUCACCAUGGAAAGGAGGUAUAUUUGAGAGACUCAUUCGAAUUGCCAAAGAAUCACUCAACAAGGCAAUCGGAAAAAGAAUAUUGAAUGAAGAUGAAAUGAGAACAACAUUGCACGAAAUUGCCGACAUCAUGAACAGAAGACCGAUGGUUUAUGAAGAAGCUGAACUGGAGGAGAUCAGAGCAAUCAGACCAAUCGAUUUCAUGACAAAUCAUUUUGAAGUUUAUGAUCCAAUCGGAGCAAUAGCACUUCAAGCUGAAGAUGAUCAAGAUGAAUAUCAAACACCAGAAGAUCUGGUUCGAUUCAAGACGAUGCAACAAGCUCGAAAAUCACUGUUAUCUUCGUACAAAAUAACAGAACAAUUUUGGAAAAUUUUCGGAUCAAAAUAUUUGAACGAACUUAGAGAAACACACAAAUUGAGAAUGGACAAUCAGCGAGGUCAAAUCAAGAACCCAAAACAAGGACAAGUAGUUUUGAUUGUCAAUGAAAAUCUUCCAAGAAACAUAUGGAGAUUGGGAAGAAUUUCGAAAGUGUUAGAAAACAGAAAUGGAGAAGUUCGUGAAGUGGAAGUCAGUUUUCUUACAAAUCCGGAAAAAGAUGGAUGGAAUAAAUCAACAAUUCGAAGACCUCCAAAUAUGGUGGUUCCAUUGGAACUCCAUAAUGAAGAAGAACUGAUUCAAUCUGCAACAGAAGAAGAACAAAUUGAAGAAACACAACAUGAAAAAUUAUCAGAAAUGGAAGUUGAUGAUGGAAAAAUUGGCGACGAACAACAAGAAAAUGUUGCCAAAAAUCAACGAUAUGAAUUUCGCAAAAGGAUUCCGAAGAAUUACAAAGAAUUGGAUCAAUCAUGGAUGAACAUCAAUGUAUUAGGGAUUCACAAAAAUUCGAUGUUGAUGAUCUUCACCCUCCUCACAUUGAUCGCAACAACAAGUGGAAACGUAAUAAAAUCGGAAUUUUGCACAGAUAAUGGACUUCGGUUGGAAGUUUCCAGAACAUCAGAAUUGGAAAUAUGUGCAAGGGAUUACUGCACAAAACAUCAAAGUGCGGAAGAAGAAAAAUUUGUGGAAAUUCUUCUACCAACCAAGAUAAAACUUCGAAAACACCAAAUCACCAUCAAAAGAUUAAACCAAGAUGGAAUCGAAUCAACAUUUCUUGAUUGUCCAGCUGUAUCAAUUUGUGAAGCAAUGAACUGCAAUUGGUGCACGGCGAAUUUGACAAAUCCAGAAUGCAAUCCAACAAUGGCAAUGAUAUUAUUCAUAUCAAUAAUAUACUUGUUACUCAUCGCAGUCUACUUGGUUGCAAAAGUCAAGAUUCCAGUUGGAGCUCCUUGCAUGUUAGCAGUUCAAAUGUUAUACUAUCUAUCAAUAAUCACCGGAUUAAUCCUGAGACACACAUGGAGAUGUAUACAAGCACAAAUUCCAAGAUUGCAACAAAUUUUCGCAAGAAUCAGACAAAAUUUUGGAGAACAAAGGAUACGAAGAUUCCAGUUACCACCAAUUGCAAUAAUCGUGAUAAUAUCGAUAAUCAUCCAUCAAGCACUCGGAUGCCAAGAAAUCGAUGUUUCACAAUCAACAAAUAAAAUCUGCACAAGAAACAAAUUGGGAAUCAACAAAUGCAAGCUGAAAACUGUUGAAACCGUAACCAUGAAUCAGUCAAAGAAAGAAAUAUGUUUUCGGAUUUCUCACAAUGGCACAAUGACAAGAGAAUUGAGAUUCAAUUGGAACAAUCUGGAACUUCAAUGCGUCAAAGAAACCGUCACAUUCACAAGAAACACAAUUCAAAAAGUAUUGAGCGCAAAACGCUGCCCACAUGCAGGUUCGUGCUCAGAUCAAAAAUGUGAUGGAAUAUCGAGAACUUCGAAGAUUGAAGAGUUAUCAGAAGCAAACUCAUUUUUGGGAAUGACUGGAUGUGUCACCAGUUGUGGAGAUUUUGCUUGCGGAUGUUUCUUUCCAUCUGAUGGGUGUUUGUUCUACAGAAUCUAUGCUGAACCAGAAAGCCCAGAAAACUAUGAAAUAUUCAAAUGCGAAUUAUGGAAGGAAUGGAUCAAUAUGACAAUCACCAAAUCUGAAAUGAUAUCAAACAGUCCAACUCAGCUCUCAACCAACAUGUUAUUAUCAAUCAAUGAACCAGUUCAAAUUGGAAGAAACAAGAUCACAUUGAAAUCAUUACAUGUACCAAAAUCACCAAUUCUGGAUACAUGGUUCAUAUCAAGGAACAAUUCGGUAGCCACAUGGAACCAAAAUCAAUUGCCGACUGUUCGAUGCUCAACAAAAGAAAAAGCAGAAAAAAUGCAUUGCGAAUUGGAAGAAAACUGCAAAUGCGAUGCUAGCGAAACAACAAUGCACUGUACUUGUAAAGAUAUCAAUAUGAUGGAAAUUUUUCGGAACAUUGAUCAUGUGCUACCAAAAACAACACCAGUUUGGCAAUUGAGAUCAAAACCAAACACCGAAAUAAUCGCAAUAUCAAACUGGGCAACAUCAUGUGAAAUCGCCAUCAGUAUCGAUGAGAUAGAUGAAGCAGUAAUGGUCAGAGACAUCGAUGAAUGCUCGAUCAAUCACAUCAACACCACUGGAUGCUACAAUUGCGACACAAAUGUGGAAACUUUGAUCGAGUGCAAAUCAAAUGAACAACAAAUCAUUGGAGAUAUUGAUUGUGAAAGUGAAAAAUUCGCAGUUCAAUGUUCACCAGAAGGAACAAAGUCGACCAUCAAAUUUUUCGCAACAAGAGCAAAUUUUCAAAGGAAAUGCCAAAUCUCAUGUGGUUCAACAAAGAACAAAUUCGAAAUCAACACAAACCUGGAUUUCCAUGGCUCAUUUCUGGAAGAAGCUUGGAAAGUUAUUUCGGGAAAAACGAAAUACUAUGAUUCAAGCAUUCUACCAGACAUUCAACAUAUAUAUAUAUAUAUAUAUUGA